CCCGUCCCCAUUGGUCACACCAGACCAGACCAGUACUACUAACCCCGUUCCCCGUCCGACCCCGCGGCGGUGGCAAGCAACCGAGCCUCGCCGCGCAGCAGAUUCCUUCUCUUUCAUUGCCUUUCUCCCCGCUGCCUUUCCUUCGCUCCCCUCCCCUCCCCGCAAGCCCGCACGCGCAGCGCACUCCGUCCCGCAAGCCCUCCCGGUCGCCCGCCCGCACCAACCCUAGCUAGCGCGGCGCGCGGCGGCCAUGUCGACGGACUCCGACUCCUCCUCGCGCGGCGGCGGCCCCGCCGGCGGCAGCUUCCGCGAGAUCACCCGGGACCGUUUGUUAAAUGAAAUGUUAAGAUCAACUAGGCAGAACAAAGGAUCCACAUGGAAGGUUCUUAUCAUGGAUAAACUUACUGUCAAGAUAAUGUCAUCUUCGUGCAAGAUGGGAGAUAUAACAGACCAAGGGGUUUCAUUGGUUGAGGACCUAUACAAACGGAGGCAGCCGUUACCAUCAAUGGAUGCAAUUUAUUUCAUGCAACCUACGAAACAAAAUAUUGACAUAUUUAUGUCCAACAUGUCAGGGAAGCGUCCAUUGUACAAGAAAGCCUAUAUAUUUUUCAGUUCUCCCAUACAGAAAGAAUGGGUGGCUCAUAUAAGAAAAGAUUCAAGUGUUUUAGCACGCGUUGGUGCACUCAGUGAGAUGAAUCUGGAAUACUUCGCUAUUGAUAGCCAGGGCUUUGUAACUGACCAUGACAAGGCUCUAGAAGAGCUUUUCACAGAAAAUGCAGAAGGCUCAAUGAACUAUAAUUCAUGCAUUAACACAAUGGCCACUCGCAUUGCUACUGUAUUUGCAUCAAUGAAGGAAUUUCCUCGUGUGCACUAUCGUGUCGCUAGGACAAUUGAUGCUUCUACUUUGACAACUCUACGAGAUUUAGUCCCCACAAAGUUGGCAGCUUCUGUGUGGAAUUGCCUGGCGAGAUAUAAAUCAAUAAUACCUGAAUUUCCUCAGACAGAAACAUGUGAAUUACUUAUUGUAGAUCGUUCAAUAGACCAGAUCGCCCCUGUUAUUCAUGAAUGGACUUAUGAUGCCAUGUGUCAUGAUCUACUGUCCAUGGAUGGUAACAAAUAUGUGCAAGAGGUGCCAAACACGAGUGGAUCAGGCACUGAGAAAAAAGAGGUUUUAUUGGAAGAUCAUGAUCCCAUAUGGUUUGAGCUUCGUGAUGUACAUGUAGCGGAUGUAAGAUUGUUGCCACUGUUAUCUUUAAACGUUGUUGUAUGUUUCAGUAAUUGCAUUAUGACAUCAAUAUUGCAGGCUAAUUUAAGACUGCAUGAGAAGAUGAGAGAUUUUAUAUCUAAAAAUAAAGCAGCUCAACUACACCAAGCAAGGACCAAUGGAGAGUUAUCAACAAAAGAAUUGCAAAAAAUGGUCCAAGCUCUUCCACAAUACACUGAUCAAAUUGAUAAGCUUUCCCUCCAUGUCGAGAUUGCAGAAAAGCUCUUUGACAUAAUCAAAGAAGAGCAUUUGAAAGAUGUUGGCCAGCUCGAGCAAGAUCUCGUGUUUGGUGAUGCUGGCUCGAAAGAAGUAAUCGAUUUCUUUAGGACACAUCAGGAUAUAAGUCGUGAAAACAAGCUGCGUUUACUAAUGAUUUAUGCUGCAAUUAAUCCAGAGAAGAUCCAGAGUGAGAAGGGAGCAAAGCUGAUGCAGCUGGCCGGAUUAUCUGCUGAUGAUAUGAUCGCAGUGAAUAAUAUGCGCUGCAUAUGUGCUCAUGAAACUAAAAAGUCUUCAAAAGGUGGUUUUCCUCUGAAAUUUGAAAUACGUAAGAAAAAACGUGGUAUCAGAAAAGAACGAAUAGGGGAAGAAUCAACAUGGACGUUGUCCAGGUUUUAUCCCAUCCUGGAGGAUUUGAUUGAGAAACUCAGUAAAGGAGAGCUUCCGAAAGAUGAGUACCAUUGUAUGAGUGACCCUAGUUCUAGCUUCCGGGGGAUCUCAAGCAGCAUGUCGGCUCGAACAAGCCCAGCUCAUCAACCAGCUCAAUCCAUGAGAUCUAGACGAACAGGUGGCACAUGGGCUAGACCUCGCAACUCCGACGAUGGCUAUUCAAGCGACUCUGUACUGAAGCACGCGUCAAGUGAUAUGAGAAAGUUGGGUCGGCGCUUGUUUAUCUUUGUAGUUGGGGGUGCUACCCGGUCCGAGUUACGUGCUGUCCACAAGCUGUCAUCGAAACUGAAGAGAGAAAUUAUCCUUGGCUCCUCUAGCCUUGAUGAUCCACCCAAAUUCAUUACGAAACUGAAGAUGAUGUCGAAUGAGGAGCUGUCGCUGGACGAUCUGCAAAUAUAACAAUAGGAGGGACGCAUCGGUUGUAAUUAUCUACUGAUUUCUCGGUCUCAGAUCUAGGUGUAGCUGAGCAUUGGACGGACGGGAUGUUCGCUUCUCACACGGGCUAGAGGGGCAUGCUGUUCACUUGGCAGGAUGGCCCUCCUUUUGGUAUCUCGUAAUCUAGUGUGUACAUAAACAUUGGCUGGCAGCUGUAGCGUGUCUGAUAACAUUUAUUGGACCAAUGGAAUGGAGAUGUUGUUCAUCAUUGUGUAUUGGCUGGAAGCAUCGAGAAUGCGUAAUGAGAGACGUCUUUUUUUCUUUUUCUUGAA